CUGAUCGUUGCUGCACGAGACCGAAGACGAGCGCACGGGCCAACAGUCUGUGCUGCGGCGCCUCGUGCCUGUGCCCUCGCUGUCUCGUGCCUUGUUGCAGGUCUCCGGCCUGUCAGCUUCGUCCUCUGGCUUCGCUUUGCGCUUAGUCUCUUGACCGAGCGCGAUGACCGGUCUGGCCGCUGCAGUCUGCACCUCUGAGGGCCGGUCGGGUCUGUCAGCGCUGCACCCCGCACCGCACGUCGUGACAUGGCCGCGAUGGGCGAGUGCGGCAAGCCUUCGCGCCGUGAGCGGUUGUCAACGUCUGUGGGGCCGCUGCAGCACCGAGAGGAUCUUGAGUACAUGCACAUCCAGCAGGCUCGGCAGGCCGGAGCCGCUCGGGCAUCGACACGACCCGCAGCAACAAUGCACCGAGGGUCCGCUUAAUGCCUGCACCAGCAGCGGCGCGAUGCGAGCGCAACUUGCCCUCCCGCCUGUACCAGCCCCUCACCAGCGAGCACAGCGCCAACGGCCAAAGGCUGGGCGCUCCCAGCGCAUGCGCGCUGCCAAGGCGCCACGGGUCCGCCUCGCCGACGCGUCGCCGUUGAACGAACGCGCGCGCCGUUGGAUACGCACCCGCCGCAGCCGCACCGGCCGCUGCCGUGGCUGCCCCGCUCAGAGAUCAGCAUCUACCCGAGGUGGUCCCUAGUGAAGCUCACGCGGGGUCAUAAGCAGCAUGUAUUGCCAUCCUCGGGCCGCUCCUCACGCCUCUUCGUCCCCACUCGUC